AAACUUGUUUCACUCGUUUCGAUAUAAAUUUUUUAAUAUUAACAUUUUUCAAUUUUUUAAUGAAAAAUCAAACAUGCUUAAACUUAAAACUCCCAUCAUUUGGUGAAAACCUGAUUGAGCAAACAAAUCAAUUGAAAAUGGCUAACAAUUACCAAUGGUUAAAAAUCCAAAACAACAUAUUUUCCUUACACCCAUUAACAAUCAUACUCAUGAUCUUCUUCCUUCUAAUCAUCAUUUACAAAUUCCUUUUAAUCACCCCCAAAUCGAAAAAACACCUUCCACCAUGCCCAACAAAACUCCCAAUCAUAGGAAACUUUCACCAAAUUGACAAAAGACUACCCCACAGAUCACUACACAAUCUAGCCAAAAAACAUGGAAAAAUCAUGUUACUUCAAUUUGGUAUAAAAAAAGUUCUAAUAAUCUCAUCAUCAGAAGGUGCAUAUGAGAUAAUGAAAACCCAUGAUCUAAUAUUUGCUAAUAGACCAGCUUUAAGUAUGUUUAAGAAGCUAAUAUAUGACUGUAAAGAUGUAGCAACUGCUCCUUAUGGUGAUUAUUGGAGAAGAAUGAGAAGUAUUUGUGUUAAUCAAUUGUUGAAUAAUAGUAGAGUUCAAGCUUUUCAUAUUGUAAGGGAAGAAGAAAUUAGUCAUAUGAAUAAACAGAUUAAAAACAGUAAAUUAGUGAAUUUGAGUAAUUUAUUGUCUAAUUUUUCUACUGAUGUGAUUUGUAGGGCUGCAUUUGGGAUGAAAUUUAAUGGAAAAAUUGAUGGGAUUAAUUUUAAGGAUUUGCAUGAAAAACAUGAGGAGUUAGUUGGGAGUUUUAAUGUGGCUGAUUUUGUUCCAUGGUUAGGGUGGAUUAAUUAUGUUAAUGGAGUGGAGAAGGAGGUUAAGAGAGUUAAAAGAGAUAUGAAUAGGAUUUUGGAAGGGUUGAUUGAAGAGCAUUUGGAUGGGUUUAGGAAAAAUGAAGGGAUAAUUAAAGGAGAUAAUGAUAGUAAUUAUGAGAAUACAAGAGAUUUUGUUGAUGUUCUUCUUGAUUUGCAAAAGGAUAAUUCUGAUUAUGCUGCUGAAAAUAGUCUUACUAGGGAGAGCAUCAAAGCUAUUAUUAUGGACAUGUUUGUUGCCGGAUCCACAACAACUUUUGCAACUCUAGAAUGGGCAAUGUCAGAACUCCUAAGAAAUCUGCAUGCAAUGGAAACUCUUAAAAGAGAGGUAAGAUCAAUCACAGGAGAUAAAGAGAUCAUAACAGAGACCGAUUUGAACAAAAUGGAAUACUUAAAAGCCGUGAUCAAGGAAACAUUUAGGCUACACCCUGCAGUUCCUUUGUUGUUACCUCGCGUCUCGACGAAGGAAACAACAAUCAAUGGCUACGACAUUCCGGCUGGAACACAAGUCAUCAUCAAUGCAUGGUCUAUACAUAGAGACCCAUCAAUGUGGAAUGAACCUAAUGAGUUUAACCCAGAAAGGUUUAUCAAUUCUGGCAUAGAUUUUAAGGGGCAGCAUUUUAAUUUGAUCCCAUUUGGGGCAGGUAGAAGAGGGUGCCCAGGAAUUUUAUUUGGUACUGCAAAUAUAGAGCUCGUGUUGGCUAAUCUUAUGCAGAAGUUUGAUUGGGCAUUGCCUGAUAAUGUAGAUGGAAAGAGUUUGGAUAUGGUUGAAUAUCCUGGCCUUACAACUCAUAGAAAUACUCCUCUUAUUCUUAUUGCUACUCCUUAUUCUACCUAGUUUGGGUUUAAUGAGGAAGGAUAGGUUUGAAAAAACUAAUUUAUUUGGUAAUAGUUGUAUGCAAUGUUGAGAUUUCAAUAAAAUUGUUUGUGUUGAAUUAUAUUUUCAUUAGUUUAUGCUCCAGAUUCUUUUAAAUUAUUGGUAGUGUUACCAGCAGACUAAGAAAAAAGUUAGUGAAAGCAUAUAUGAC